AUGGCUAUGCUUCAAAGCAAGGGAUUGCUAAAGCGUGGUGCUUCAGAAGCCCCAGCAGCUGAGCGAUCUCAGAAGGAGCUUAAGGUUGAGACCCGAGCCCGGAGCAAGCGCAAACAGGCUGAUGCCAAAGCAGAAGCUGAGAAGCCCGAUGAAGAGAAGCCCCCGAAGAAAGGGAAACCCAGCAAGGACCAAGCCGGCAAGAACCCCACCGAGAAGCAGGAGGAACCCAACAAGGAGCAGCCGCAGGAGAAGAAACCCAGCAAGGAGAAAUCCCAGGAGAAACCCGGCAAACCCCCCAAGGAGCCGAAGAAACCCAGCAAGGAGCAGUCCCAGGAGAAACCCAGCAAACCCACCAAGGAGCCGAAGAAACCCAGCAAGGAGCAGUCCCAGGAUGCCACUAAGGAUGAGGCAUCUGCCGAUGAGGAUCUGGGUCCGUUCGAGGAGUUUCCACCUGAGAAACCCGGGGCUUGGGGCGAGGAGUUCUUCGAGACGGGGCUUAAUGUCGUGGUGAGCUGGAAAAACUUGGAUGAUGUGUGGCGAGCUUGCAAGGCUUCCGACAAGCCGAUGUACAGAGACAUGCAGUACGAUGCACUUGUGCAGAUGAUGGAAAAAGCUCUAGGGGCUCGUCCUCCAACACAGGACCCGGGUGCCUCUCUUCAGCAGCAACCUCAACAGCCUGUGGCAUCAGCAGUUGACCAGCAACAAACACAGGAGCAAGAGCAGUCUCAGGAGGAAGGUGAUGACGAGGAGCAAGACGACCAGGAAGGGGAGGAGGAGGAAGCAGAAGAGGAUGAGGAAGAGGAAGAGGUGGAGGAAGUGAAGAAACCGCUUCCUAGCAGUUCUAGCGCCAAGCCACCGCCUGAAACCACAAGCCCGCCGAAGAUCAACACGUGGAAUGGCAUCCCCAGCCCUGCAACGAAGGAGAAAGCCCGCUCCGAGAGCCCCGAACAGGCGAAGCCAACAGACCUGAACAACAAGUUCAAUCGUGUACGGCGGUCGAAGUCCGAACAGUCCCUGAGUACUUUGGUGCUGGGUGCCCACCUCACCGAUGAGCAGGCAUACGGGAGUCGUCCAGCCUCGGAGGCUGGUGCGGUUCCCGCGGAGGAUCCGCAUGAAGGGUUGGUGAGUGCAUCUCAAGCAGGCAGCGACAGCGAGCUACGAAGUCUCGUGGCAACGAUGCAGUCAGAGAUCACUAGGCUGAAGGCCAUGCUGGCUACGAAGGAUGCGAACCCGGGAGCCCCGCCGGCCACACCGCCGGCCGCACCGCCGGCCGCACCGCCGGCCCCGCCUGCGAAAGCCUCGGUUAAGCACGAGCAGAAGGAGUCGGAUGGGGAGGAUGAGAACGGGGAGGAGCAUGAAAGCGAAGAGGAGGAUGAUGAAGAGGAAGAGGAGGGGGAUGAAGACCACGAGACCCCGCCACCAAAGGGCAAACCGCCUGCCACAACCUCUGUGGCCAAGACCAACAAGCCUAAGGGGCCCAACUCGUCGACCCACCGUGCUCAAUGGAUGAAGUUCGGUCGGCGAAUGGACAGCAAGGGCUCGGAGUUCCCCGAAAUGACUAAGCUGUGGACCGGAAGCAAAGACGAACAGCACGAAGUGUUCGCGAAAUGGCUCGAGGAGGGCGAGAACAUGAACAACACGGAGGCCCAGCUGAUCAUCACCAAGACGAAAUCGGCCGAGGUGAAGAGUGGCUAUGAGGAGCUCACCGUGAAGGAGAUGGUUGCGAGAGGAUUCAGUGCGACAAAGAUCGAAAGCAUAGUCAGAAAGGGUGGAACCCCUGACCCCGACGCCCCUCACUGCCUCGAAUCCAUCGUGUAUGUUUGCCGGAAGAAGAAGAACGUGGAAGAAUCCGAAAAGGUUUCCCAGACCGGCGAAAUCAAGUCGAAGAUGAAGGCCAGUGCCAAGGCCGUGGCCCCGUUGAUGAGGUUGAACGGAAUGCCGGGGCCUGGAUCGACCUCGGGCGCCACCGAUGCAGUUUUGCAGCUUGCUGCGAACGCUUUUGCUUCGGGCACCGAGUCAGCAUUGAGGGGCUAG